GUCGUUUUUUAUGUCGAUAUAUAUGCUAUUAUUAAACGACAUACUUCUGAAGCCAGCAGUAGGAGAAAGGAAUGGAAAACCUGCAACGGAAGAAGAAAAACCCUAAGCAGCAGAAGCAGUUACCGCUUAACCCUAAUUGGGCUCAGCUCCAACAAAAGCUUAACAGCUCUGGCUCUAGACAUUCAAGACCUUCAAAUGAUUCAAGUUCAGAAACCCAAAUAUCUGUUUUAGGAAAGCGGAAAGAGAGACCCAGUUCAGUAUCUGAUGAAUCUCUGCCAAAUCCUCUUGCUCCAACUAAUGAUGAUUCCAGUUUGACAGAUGUAAUAGCCAUGGAUUGUGAAAUGGUAGGCAUUGGUCAAGGAAACAAAAGCGCCCUUGGACGAGUAACCCUGGUAAAUCAGUGGGGAAAUGUUAUAUAUGAUGAGUUUGUUCGCCCAAUAGAACGUGUUGUUGAUUUCCGUACAAGAAUUAGUGGCAUUCGACCUCAACAUUUGAGGAAAGCAAAGGAUUUCCCAACUGUUCAGAAGAAAGUUGCAGAGUUGAUUAAAGGAAGGGUUCUUGUGGGGCAUGCCUUGUCUAAUGAUCUAAAGGCGUUGCAUUGACUCAUCC